CUGCUGUAUGACCUUGCAGUGUUUGUAAACAGACACACGUUGCCGUUGCAAAGUGUUGAAGACAAGACGGAAUCGCAAUCGAACAAAGCGUGUCGCGAAGGAUUCUCUUCAAGAACUUCGAAAAGAACUAAAUUCGCAACAGUCAUGGAGGUGGAGCCGAUGUGUAUCGUGGAAAAUGAAACGGAGGGAUCUCGCGGUGAUCGGAAAGAGGGGGGUAAGAGGGGACGCAAGCCCGGAAGGAAGGCGUCCGAGAAGACGGACAUGAAAGCCAAGCUUGGUAAGCAGCUGCUCGAACGAAGCCGGCAGAGUGCGAGGGAGUGUCGAGCUCGAAAGAAGCUAAGGUAUCAAUACCUUGAAGAGCUGGUGGCCGACCGCGAGAAGGCUGUGCUCGCGCUUCGAAAGGAGCUGGAAAUGUAUCGGCAGUGGGGACAGGAAUUGGAUACCGGACGAGUUCCCGAUGGGCUACAAACGAUGCUAGAAGAGUUUGGCUACCUGAAGCGGGAUAAUGUAGCCAACUAGCCAGAAGAAGCAGAAGAGGAAGAAGAAGAAGCAGCAGCAGCAAGAACGAAAGAAGAAACACGAGUCACGAACAUCGAGCUUCGCUAUUUUUUUUUUUUUCUCUCUUCGUUGCUUCCACCUAUCCUGGUGUACCACCUUUCUCUAGUGGUGUAGUCUCUCCACCUUCACUUCCGUUUC